AGAGUGGGCGGGGCUUCUGUUUGGCCAGCUUGCUGCGGAAAGACGCCUGCUGUCCCGCGUCUCGGGGCGGGUUCUGGGCUCCUUGGGUUGGCGCCUGUGCCUGGUCCCCGAGGGCGCAGUCGCAGCGCUCCUGCCCGCCAGGCGUCUGCGAGUGCGCGACCCUGUGCGGCCGGAACCUGGGGCAACUCCGAGAGCGGUCCUUGGGGAGACGAGGGUUCCAGCCCUGCGGCUCCUACUGGGGCGUGCGCUGGUCGGAGGAUUGCUGGGCUCGUGGAAGAGAGACUGUACAUGAAAGCCCCAGCCACCCACCAAAUCAGAGAGAAAGAAUCCGUCUUCUUACGCCAUGGCAGGUAAGAAAGUACUCAUUGUCUAUGCGCACGAGGAACCCAGGUCUUUCAACGGAUCCUUGAAGAAUGUGGCUGUAGAUGAACUGAGCAGGCAGGGCUGCACGGUCACAGUGUCUGAUUUAUACGCCAUGAACUUUGAGCCGAGGGCCACAAGGAAAGAUAUCACUGCUGCUCUUUCUAAUCCUGAGGUUUUCAAUUAUGGAAUGGAAACCUACAAAGCCUACAAGCAAAGGUCUCUGGCUGGCGACAUCACUGAUGAGCAGAAAAAGGUUCGGGAGGCUGACCUAGUAAUAUUUCAGUUCCCGCUGUACUGGUUCAGCGUGCCGGCCAUCCUGAAGGGCUGGAUGGAUAGGGUGCUGUGCCGGGGCUUUGCCUUCGAUGUCCCAGGAUUCUACGAUUCCGGUUUGCUCCAGGGUAAACUAGCGCUCCUUUCCGUAACCACAGGAGGCACGGCCGAGAUGUACAUGAAGACAGGAGUCAAUGGGGAUUUUCGGUACUUCCUGUGGCCACUGCAGCACGGCACAUUACACUUCUGUGGAUUUAAAGUCCUUGCCCCUCAGAUCAGUUUUGCUCCUGAAAUUGCAUCCGAAGAAGAAAGAAAGGAGAUGGUGGCUGCAUGGUCCCAGAGGCUGCAGACCAUCUGGAAGGAGGAGCCCAUCCCCUGCACAGCCCACUGGUACUUCGGGCAAUAACUCUGUGGCACGUGGGCAUCCCGUAAGCAGCACACUAGGAGACCCAGGCGCAGGCAAAGAGAAGACGGUGCUGUCAUGAAAUAAAAUUACAACACAGCUACCUGGA